GCUAGGGGUCAGGAGGGGAGUGACUCGUUAUCCAUCUUUGGAGGUCGGGCCUCACAGGUUAGACAAGAGGGGAUCUCCAGCUGAUCUGAUCGGGCCCGUUCUAUAAAUCAGUCCUCUCUUCUGUUUAUUUUUUAUUUAUUUAAUUUUUUAUUUAUUCUGCGACGUGCCGCUCUCUAAGUCCAAAUGAUUCGCAACUCUGGCUCGGAGUUCUACCUUCUUCUCUGUGUGACUUUCAGUUUGUUUCUUUCAUCUGAACUAUCUAUGUCCAGCAUCGAGACCCGUUCGCAGACAGCGAAAAGAGAAGAAAGAGAGAGAGAAGGUGUUUUGUUUGAGAUUGUGAGGAGGGGCAAGAGGAGUGUUCGUCCAAGCGUCAGGAGAGAGCGGACCCCUCUUGAGAGCUCUACUGACAUCCCUUCCUUCGGCAUGUCAAACAUCACAUUUGCCCAAUGGCAGGCCAUGCUGGAUGCGGCAGACGAGAGCGAAAGACCGUUCUUCCAGAAACUGUAUGAUGAUGCUGUGCAGAGGGAAAGGGAGGCAGCGGCAGCAGCUAGAGCUGCCAACAUUGCUGAUCAGAUGGCUCUCCUUCGGAUCCGGGAAGCCAAUGCUGACCGGUUUCAGGAGGAACUAGCUGCUGCCGUAGCAGCCUUGGUCCGACUGCGGACCUUGGAAAACCUUGAGUCCCAUGUGACAGCACUAGAGCAGCGAAAGCAAGAGCUGCAGGCUAAGAUAACCAGCCUCAAACAGUAUCAAUUGGCUAUCCCCCGCCCUCCUAACCCUCGACCUGCUGCAGUCCCGGUCUCUCAACCUAACACAGUCCUCAUGACAAGGGCAAGUGGAUCUGUGGCAAGCGCAAGAACCAGUGCCAACUCCUCGAGCGGCAGCGCCGGUAGUUCUGCACUAGUCAUAGUCCCAAGUGCAUGGACAUCAGCCCAAAACGCCACAGUCCUCACUGGCGUUCAGUACAGCGGUCCCAUGGUGGACAAGCGGGCGGCCACGCUGCCGUCCAAAUACGACGGGAAGGCGGACAUCACCUCCUGGAUUAGUUCCAUGCGGUCAUACUUCAAGGUCAUGCAGACACUGCAAGAGGACCGAAGUAUGAUCAUGGGGACUAAUACUCAGCCCGCCGUACGGAAUUACAUUGAGCUCCAAGCUGUUGCUGCAGGUUAUGCAAGAAUUGACCUGACUGAGUGGCUGAAGGUAACCCCAGUACGCACCCUUGAGGACCUUCUCAUCGCACGAUACCAAGACAAGCAUGCUGCACUCAAGGCUAGGCUGAAGCUUGAGGCCCUCAAGGGUCAAACAUGGAGGUCCUCCAUGCAAGCUUUGGAACAACACUUGACUGGUUUGUUCACUACUCCAGACCUGGGAAUGACUGACGUGUCUUGUAUAGAUGUAGUCAUGGGAGUGGCCCCCAAAGAGUAUCUCUCCCUGUUGGCACUCAAAGACCACUCCACCUGGCGAGAGCUCAUGACGGAUCUAGUCAACCUAGAGGCCAAGGACCUCGCCAGGCGGAAGAAGGCGCCCGCUGCAGGUGGGAAACCACAACGCAAGCGGUYUGGAAGCAGCAACCAGCUUGCACUGCAUGAUCAUCRGGAGGYUGAAGAUCAGUCCUAUGCGGAUGAUCUGUCUCUAGAUGACGAUYUAGAGYCGGACUCCGAUAUGGGCUGUUCCACAUCAGCCAUUGAGUCUGACAUCAACGAAGAUGAAAAGUUGAAUGCUUUUAGAAAGACUGCUUCAAACAAGGGGCCCAACCGUGGUUCGGGUAGGGGAAUUGUUGUCCACCUCCCUAAGAACGCAAAGAUCCCUGAGAAACCGGAGGAUGCAUCAACCAAGCCUUGGGAAGCCCUCCGUAUCAUUCAAAAGGAAUGGGAAACAAGAUCUAAACUACGCAUAUGCCUGCAUUGUCAGAAGCCUGGGCAUGCUGUGCAGGACUGUUACAGACUUCAGGGAAACAAGCAAAGUUCAGCACUCCCUACAACAAGGGAAGCUGGAACAUCAGUUGCAGGCCUCUCUAAUGAGCCUGAAUCUGAUCAACAACCCACUCUUGAAGCCCGGAACGACGCUGAAUCCAAGGCUGCUGCAAUUCAUGUGCUUUACACUGAGCCUUGGGAGGAGUCUAAGGAAGUUGACUUCCUCGCUUUCGGCGCGAAUACCCUUACGAGGGUAUCCGCCCUGGUUUUCGCAAAUGACAGAAAAAUGAGUUUGGUCUAAAGUCAAGUAUACUGCGCGAGGCGCGGUUGCGUCUGUGCGGUUACGAUGGCCGAAAGGUUGACUAGAACAAAAGGUGUGUGGGCGC